ACUCGCUGCGCUCCGCUCUGACCACUGCAACUUUUGCAGAGACUCCUCACUCCACAGUCAUGUCGCACAAUAGCUGAAGUAAACCUGUCAUCGUGGCUCAUCCUGGGAGCCUCCGCAGACACACCGCUGCCUGUGCGGGGAUUUUCUUCAAGCACACGGCCUCUCCUCCGUCGCCUGCCUCGCUGUCGGACCUUAAACCUUUUUGACAACGACUGGAUAUGAAUUAUGAGCGUUUUAGCCACUAAUGAACUGGGCCAGUAAUGCAGGAGACUACGGCGACUCUCGCAUCACAAGAUGGCAGAUUUUUAUUGAGUUUUGAACAGAAACACCGCUUUAUUUGUGGCCAUGUAUAACAGGAAUCCUUGCACCGAUGGCCCCUGUAUACGAAGGUAUGGCCUCGCAAGUGCAAGUGUUCUCCCCUCACACUCUCCAGUCAAGUGCCUUCUUUAGCGUGAAGAAACUGAAGGUGGAGCAGAGCUGUAACUGGGAUAUGACAGGGUACGGCACACAUAGCAAAGUCUACAGCCACAACAGCAGCAAGAACGUGUCCGCCACCACUGGCCCCCUAGGCAUUAACAGCUCCCUGCAGGUUGCCAGCUCCACCCUGCCCUACGAGCAGACGCUCAUCUUCCCAGCCAGUGCAAGCCACAUUGUGGUCACCUCAGCCAGCAGCACUUCGGGGCCCUUGGGGUCUCUGCUGGGCAGCGGGGGUGGAGGAAGCAACAGCAACAGCAGUGGUGGUGGAGGUGGUGGCGGAAGUGGUGUGGGUGGCUUGGUCGGCAUUCACAACCUGACACGCCGCAGUACGGUCAGCCUGCUCGAUACCUACCAGCGAUGCGGGCUUAAGCGUAAGAGUGAGGAGCUUGAUAACAACAGCAGUGUGCACAUCAUUGAGGAGCACGGUCCACUGAUGAUCCAGAACGGAGCAGCCAGUGGAGCCACGGUGGCUACGGUAGCCACUGCCACGUCCACGGCAACAUCCAAGAACAGUGGCUCCAACAAUGAGGGGGACUACCAGCUGGUGCAACAUGAGGUGCUCUGCUCCAUGACCAACACCUAUGAGGUCCUGGAAUUUUUGGGACGGGGGACCUUUGGACAGGUGGUUAAGUGCUGGAAGAGGGGCACCAACGAGAUUGUGGCAAUAAAGAUCUUGAAAAACCACCCGUCUUAUGCACGGCAGGGCCAGAUCGAGGUCAGCAUCCUGGCACGUCUCAGCACGGAGAGUGCAGACGACUACAACUUUGUGAGGGCCUACGAGUGCUUCCAGCACAAGAACCACACGUGCCUGGUGUUUGAGAUGCUGGAGCAGAACCUGUACGACUUCCUCAAGCAGAACAAGUUCAGCCCUCUGCCACUCAAAUACAUCAGACCCGUGCUUCAGCAGGUGGCCACAGCACUGAUGAAACUGAAGAGCCUGGGGCUGAUCCACGCUGACCUGAAGCCAGAGAACAUCAUGCUCGUGGACCCGUCUCGACAGCCCUACAGGGUCAAAGUCAUUGACUUUGGCUCAGCAAGCCAUGUGUCCAAAGCGGUGUGCUCCACUUAUCUACAGUCCAGAUACUACAGGGCUCCAGAGAUCAUCCUGGGCCUGCCGUUCUGUGAGGCCAUCGACAUGUGGUCCCUGGGCUGUGUGAUCGCUGAGCUCUUCCUGGGAUGGCCCCUCUACCCUGGAGCCUCCGAGUAUGAUCAGAUCCGGUACAUCUCACAGACCCAGGGUCUGCCUGCGGAGUAUCUGUUGAGUGCAGGGACAAAGACCACCAGGUUCUUCAACAGAGACCCGGACUCCACCUAUCCUCUCUGGAGACUUAAGACUCAAGAGGACCACGAGGGUGAAACGGGGAUCAAGUCCAAGGAGGCUCGCAAGUACAUCUUUAACUGCUUGGAUGAUAUGGCGCAGGUGAACAUGACAUCAGAUCUGGAGGGGAGCGAUAUGCUGGCCGAGAAAGCCGACAGGCGAGAGUUCAUCGACUUGUUAACGAAGAUGCUGACCAUCGACGCAGACAAGAGGGUCACCCCCAUCGAAACGCUCAACCACCCCUUUGUCACCAUGUCACAUCUCCUCGAUUUCCCACACAGCACACACGUGAAGUCGUGCUUCCAAAACAUGGAGAUCUGCAAGCGCCGCGUCAACAUGUACGACACCGUCAACCAGAGCAAGACGCCCUUCAUCACCCAUGUGGCCCCCAGCACCUCCACCAACCUCACCAUGACCUUCAACAACCAGCUGAACACUGUGCACAGCCAGGCCACCAGCCUGGCUCCCUCCUCCACCAACAAUGCCACCCUUUCCUUUGCAAGUCCCGAUGUCUCCAUACUAAACUACCAAUCUGCACUCUACCAGCCCUCAGCUGCCUCCAUGGCAGCCGUGGCCCAGAGGAGCAUGCCCCUGCAGCCGGGAGCUCCUCAGCUAUGCGCUGCCCGGCCCGACCCCUUUCAGCAGGCGCUCAUUGUCUGCCCACCUGGCUUCCAAGGGCUGCAGGCGUCCCCUUCCAAGCAUACCAGUUACUCAGUGCGUAUGGAGAAUGCUGUUCCCAUAGUGACACAGGCCCCUGGUCCCCAGCCUCUGCAGAUCCAGCCUGGUCUGCUCACACAGCAGGCCUGGCCCAGUGGCACCCAGCAGAUUCUGCUGCCUCCCGCCUGGCAGCAGCUCACCCACACCUCAGUCCAGCACGCCACUGUCAUCCCGGACUCCAUGAGCAGCACACAGCCUCUCGCCAAUUGGAGGAAUGCCCACCCUCAUGGCAGCCAUUACAAUCCCAUCAUGCAGCAGCCAGCCUUGUUGGCUGGCCACGUCACAAUCCCAUCCAAUCAGACGCUUAAUGUGGGCGUGGCACAUGUAAUGAGGCAGCACUCGACCAAUAACAACUCCUCUUCCAAAAAGAACAAACAGCACCAGAUGUCUGCCAGGAACAUGUCAGCCUAUGAGGUGUCAUCCUCGCAGGCAGUGCUGUCCCCACAGCGCUCCAAGAGGGUGAAGGAGAACACGCCCCCACGUUGUGCCGUGCUACAGAACAGCUCGGCCUCCAACUGUCCGCCCCCGCAGACGUGUGGAGGCGGCGGGUGGGGGGCUAACGAAGCACAGCAGGCGUCCAGCACCACUCAUGACCAUCAGCACCAGCACCACGUCCCCAGACAGACCAUCAUCAUCCCCGACACGCCCAGCCCCGCAGUCAGCAUCAUCACCAUCAGCAGUGACACAGAUGAGGACGAUGACCAUAAACAAAACAGCUCAUCGUCAAAGCAGAGGAAGAAUGUCAUCAGUUGUGUGACCGUUCACGACUCACCAGACUCGGACUGCUCCAUCAACAACAGCCCCUACACUGUGGCGUCCAGACACACCAACAACAACAACAACUACGACACAAAGACCACCAUACUGGACAACUACAACAAUGGGAACCCCCGCACCAUCAUCAUCCCCCCUCUCAAAACCCAGAACAGUGAAAUCCCGAUAGAUUGUGAGCGCCUGAUGCCAGAUGUAAUGAACCAUCAAAACUCUGCUUACAAGUUUAAAUCCUCCAAUGGAGUGGUAUCUGGCAAUAAUCACAUACCAGGUGUUGUCACUGGAGGCGGGUCCUACCGACAGCAGCGCUCAGGGCCACACCCCCUCCAGCAGCAGCCUCUCAAUCUCAGCCAGGCCCAGCAGCACAUGGUAGCAGAGCGAAACGCGGGUCAUCGACGUCAGCAGGCUUACAUCACUCCCACCAUCGCCACUCAGGCCCCGUACUCCUUCCAUCACAACAGCCCCUCUCACACGGCCAACAUUCACCCACACUUGGCUGGCCCACACCUGCCAAGCCAACCCCACCUCUACACCUACACGACUCCUGCUGCUCUGGGUUCGACCAGCACAGUGGCCCACCUCGUGGCGUCACAAGGCACGGCGCGCCAUGCGGUCCAGCAUGGAAGCUAUCCACCAAGCAUCGUCCACCAGGUCCCAGUCAGCAUGGGCCACAGGGUGUUACCCUCACCCACCCUGCACCACAGUCAGUACCAGGCCCAGUUUGCCCAUCAGGCCUACAUCAGCGCCUCGCCCGCCUCCACUGUCUACACUGGAUACCCGCUGAGUCCCACCAAGGUCAACCAGUACCCUUACCUCUAGAGAAGACACUGACUGACACUGGAGCGCCUGACCCAGCACUGCUGCUUUUCCUUGAACCUGCCCCCCCCCCCCAAACCCUGUCCACAUCCUGAACACCCUGUCCUCAACCUCAGACAUAAACAGAGACAGAGGAACAUGCAAUCCUCAUGAAACUUCACGUAUAACUUGAAGAUAUAAUGACAAAAGAGAAAAAAGAUUCACAGUCUCUCUCUGGAAGGGAAAGAUGGAGGAAUUUUCGAGGGGUACCGUACGUUCAAGAUGAUUUCUUUCACUUUUGUUUUCUUAUUCCUCAAAGGGCCAGUUUUGUUUUCUUUUUUGCUUUUAUUUGUCUAUUCUUUGCUUUAUUUUAUGUGAAAAGCAUUGUCUCAGUAGUUUAACAGGGAGGUUUGAAAGAGGCCUUUUGGGACAGUGGAGAUUUCCUGUUUUGUUUUCUUUUAUCCCCCCCCCCCUCUUAAAUUUGGGAUGUGACUGUUGAACAGGGGUUACUGACUGGAAGUUUGGAAUCCCAAGAGAUUUGGAAGAAGGUGAAAUACGGAAACCUGCUGCUCUUCAAAGAAAAAAAAAUAUUGAUGGCCUUGAACUGUCUUAGUAUUUCCAAAUCAUUCAUGGUGUGGGGAAAAAGAAAGGCAACUUCCCCCACUCCACCUUCUCCAGUCGAGGAGGCUUCUGGAAAUAUAACCAACAGAAGACAACAAACUUUUUAGCGCAUUUAUAGAAUUUUUUCAUUUUGAUUUCACGUUUAUGAUGAUAUUUGCGUUUUAGCUAGGUGUCUUAGCUGGGCCCCGUUCUUAGAAUGUAGCAGUCAGCACCUGUUUGUUUUAAGGUUUUUCCUUUUCUUUGUUUUUUUCCCCCUGAUACCAAUAGAUUUAUUUGUUCCCCUUUUUUUCAAUGUGAUUGCACAAAGUGGUUAUAAUAACAUAGGCAUGUACAACGUGAUUGUCUGUGUGUGCUACUGUCAGCCAUGCGUGCGUAGUCCUCUCCUCGAAACCCUCUCCAGUCUUUAGAUUUCGACCAUCGUUCCCUUGUAGUGCCUUACAGAUUUUACAACACAGUUUACUUGGCUUGGAUCCUGAAAGCCACAAGAGUCUAUAGCUAUUUGUAGAGAGACAUGUUUUCCUGGUGUGACAUUCUCGUCUGGACAGUUGUAGCUUUCUUCCAGGUGUAGGCUCAGCCCUUGCUGUUGUUCCUAAAGACGGCUGACCAUAGAUUAAUAGGGAUUAAUGUCAGAGUCGGUACCACGUUGUGCUAUUUUACGACGUGUGCAUGAAAUAACUUGUUUGGGGUACUCACCAAAGUCAUAGAUAAAUUCUUGUCAUAUUCACUCGGGAUUUUUAUGUAAAUAAAAAAAAUGUACAGUCAAGCUGUAGCUGCAAACCUCACACAGUGGAACCCAAAACGUGGCUUUAGGUCGGAUUAUAUUUGUUCUUUGUAAUCGCACAAGGGAAUGCAUGCACGUGUGAUUACAGGGCAGAGAUGUUUGCUCAGUUUUUCACGCACAGGGAAUGAGUUGCAGAUAACAAGGUGUUGUGACACAGCAGAGGUUGUUUUUUUUUUAAAAAGGUUAAGAGCUAGUCAGAAAAGAAGGGCCUGACAGAAAGUGAUUGUUGCCAUGACAGUGAUUCUGCGAGGUCAGAUAUCGAUGGUUGUUUGAAAGAGAGAUACUGUGUAGGCACGAGAGGGGGGGCGGGGCUGGUUAAAGGCAUAGGUCAGUUUAGGUUGGGACUGCGGAGGGCAGGGCGAAACGCUCUAUCUUAAAUGGGACUACAAUGGUAGCAAGUUGGCACUGAGCAGGUUGAUAGUGACACUGAGCCUGGGUGGUUGGUAGGAGCCGCAGAGGCACAACCGUGCCUGAAAGCAAACUUAGAAUUCCGACCUGGAUCCUUCAUUUUUUUAAACUGUGUAUUUCUUCAGCAAAAAGAAUUGGACGUUAUUGGUUGCGUUUGAGGUUUGGUGUAGAACAGAACAGAAGGGAAAAGCCACAGUAUACACCUGGAAGGGCACCUUGUGGACUUUUUUGUUGCCACUGUCCAUUUGUCUUUGUUGCCAGAUGCACCGCAGACAUCUAGAGAACCAAUAGGGCUGUCGCUUUGUGUGUUUGACGCUUUAUUUAACAGACUCCAUUUAUUCCUUGUAGCCAAUGACUCAAAACAAUCUCCUCUUGUUCAUUAGUCCUCCUGAACGUGGGCACAUGAAAAGUUGUAGUGAAGGCCUUCCCCCUCUCCAUCAUGGUAUGCCAUAGUACUUUGCAUUUGAAGUGAUUUUGUUUUCUUUCUUUCUUUCUUUUUUUUUUAACUUAAAACUAUGUUGAACUUUUUUGACAUGGCUGUAGUACAUGUUGUGUUUAUUUUUAGAGAUUGUUGCAAUAAUUCUUGUGGAUGUUAUCUGUAUGUGUGCGUGUGUGUGUGUGUGUGUGUGUUUUUAUUAAAUGUCAGGCUCAUUUCUAUUUUAUAACCUGGGGAUUGAUGUACAGUAAUAUUUAGUAUUCUGUGGAGGUGGGUGCACCUGUGUAAAGUGUCGCAACACUACUGGCGAUCGUAAGUGUUGCGUUGAUGAUGACCCAAUGGGGCUCCUAUAGAUGCGUAUUUUGGUUUGAGGACGCCACACAUCACAGUGGUCUUUCAUCCUGGUACUUGUCACCCCCCCUCAAAAAAAACGUAUCCACUCUCUAUCAGCUCCAGCAUGCAAGCCCUGUAUUAGGGCACUGAAUGAUGUGAUUACAUAGUAGGUUGCUGGUUACAUCUUCUCUGAUCCGUCGUUGUCUUUUUUUUGUUGUACUAUUAUUAUUAUUAUUGUUAUUAUUAUUUGUGCUACUUUAUUUCCUCUCGCUCAUCGGGGCCUAAACGCACGUGCAUAAGGGAGAUGAUUUUCCGUGUGAAUCACUUGGCUCCUCCGUUAUGAGACAGACUACUGAAACAUUCCACUGUUUUGAGGGAAUUUGGUGUCACUCACGCUGUCUUGUCCUCGCUCCUCUACAUGGACAGUGUUGUCACGCUUCUGACUUUUUUUGCGCCCCCCCCCCCCCCACCAAAGAAAUGAAACAAAAUUGACCAUGUUACAGCACAGCAUACAGUAGUAGAGUACAAGCAAUCGUCUACAACAUUGCUAGAGCAGAUAGGCAAUAAUAACUCCUGGUCAUAUUGUUUUACCCCCAAGCUAGUGCAUUUGUGUACACAGGGAGGAUUUACCGAGCAUACAGUUCAGUUGUAAAUUUGUUUAGAAUAUACAUUCAUCUCUUAGUGCUGCAGUCUGUUUAUGGAUCACUCUGUUUUCCUGUCAUCACUCCACAAACGUUGCCCCCGUCUUAGGCUGAUGAUCGAUAAUUAUCCAACCUUUUCCAAAUUGUUUGAUAAGCCAGUUUCUUUUGUUUCUUUUUUUAUGUUGUUCAUGGCGUAGCUUUAUCGGUGUUGUAAGAAAAUGAGUUUGUUGAAAGAAAACAAAAACGUUUGUUUUACAUUUGUGUGCCAUGAAAUAGAAUGACAUGUUAAAAUGAAUUUGAAAAAAACACAAAACAAAACUAUACCUUUAAAACCAUGGUCACCUGCACAAAAUGAAUGUAACGUGACCUUGCGACAUUUGAAAUGGCUUUAGAUCGUCAUGGCUGGUGACCAUGCAUUUGAUCUCUACACUGUUUGUGGCCAUGCAUGAUGCAAUAAUUGUACAUCGUAUCUCCAGCAAAAUCCCAUAUGAGACAAACAACGUGUAAUUACCACUGUCUUCAUGAUCAGGGAUUAUAGAUUAAUCACUAUUUUCUCAAUUGCAACAUCCAACGAGUAGAAGCCCUGUAUGCGCAACGUCGUGGAAAAUUACUUGACCUGUAUGAUAUAAUUGUCUGUCACACUGUUUCACAUAACCAAUGUUUUGUGUUUUAUAAAAAGAAAAAGAAAAAAAAAGGAGGGAAUAAGAAAUGUGAGCAUUAAUGUAGAUCGAGUGACCUUUAAAUUACCAAAAUGUUCUUAUGGAGAGUGUAAAGCAACUUCUAAACAACAACAACAACAACAAUAACACUUAAGCUUUAAGGUGGCAUUUGAAUCAGUGAAAAUGGAAUGAGGCAGCAUCCGCGCUCUGGGAAGCCUGUUGAAUACACCCAAGCUUCCAGUGUUGCUCCUGCUCCUCCUGGAGCUAUGGAAACAUGAGGAAACGUUCCUGAGAGCUUGACACACACACACAGUGCUAUACAUUAAUCUUCUUCAGACUCUAAAGUGACAAAAAUCAAUACACUCUAUACAGUAAAAAAAAAAAAUAUCAUUUGGCAAAGUAACAGCUGCUUCCCAAAGUACAAAAAGGUUAGGACUAAGUGCAGGUCUUAUGUGGAUUAAUCAUAUGCUGAUGUACUUUGUUUCACCAGAAAAUUCAUAAUAUAGCCACACAAAGCAUUCUCAAAGCCAAUUUCUUUUUCUUUUCUUUUUUUUUACGAGACUAUGUUUUCUUUUUCUUUUAACCUUUCUCAAGGAGCUCUCCUUUUGCUGGCUAUUCCUUGGAGGAAUUCAGGGUGAGGUGGUCAAGGUUUGAUGCCAUCACUGAAAAAGGGUGUCAAGUGAUUGCGACAUAUGAAUUUAAGAACCGACCUCAAUUUGGAUCUACUUUACAUGAUGGGAAACUGUUGCAUUUCCACCUAAUUUUACGGAGAAUCUUCGCCAACGUCUGUUAUUUCUAGAGUGUUAAAUUGAAUACAAGGAACCUGGAGGUGGCAGACCAUAGCUGUUUUAAUACAGAUAUACACACUGCAAAAUAUCCAUCACAAUCCCUCUUUGUAAUCCUCAAAAUUUGUUCAAGCAAAGUAGUGUAGCUGGAGUGCAACAACAACAACAUUUAAACAAGUAAUAUGCCAGUUUAUUUUCUUUUUCUAAAGACCUAAGAGUGCAUCAAACCCUGACCCCCUUUUGUGUCCAUUGCUGUAUGGUUUCUCAAUGGUGUAAAACUUCAUUCUUUGUCGAUAAAGCUAAUGUGCGCUGCAGUAUUUCCUAAUAUAAUAAUCUUUUAAUUGUCUUUUCUUAUUUACUUUUGUUUAUUGGGGUGUGAUGUCUCAUUAUUUCAAUCUGUUGAUGUAGCGGUCUAUGUAAACCCCCGUUCCUUAGCCUAAUAUUCUUAAGUAUGUUAUGAGAAUGGAUAUUUUACUGGCUUUAUAGAAUGUCUAAAUAAAUAUAGUAACGACAAUAAGAAGGAUUAAUUAAACCUCCUAACAAGUUGAGUACUUGCUACUAAGCGCUUGUGUUACCAUUAUGAUGUUGUGUGCUUCUCUUAAUCAUUUUCGUUGUAGAAAAAUGGAGUGGAUUUAUAUUAGGCUUCAGAAAAAAAAAACUAAUGAUAGCAUUGUAAAUUUUACCGGAGAAUUUUAACAGGCAAACAGCUUCAUCAAAAUAGAAGAAUAUAGCUAUUUUAAUUGUCCUCUUUACUAACUGUAGGGUGAGAAGGGGCUCGCGUUGUGGUGAACUAUGUUAUAGCUUGUUAUUCACUGUUACUUUUGAUCAUUUUUUCGGUCUCCGAGGUGAAUCGAGUUAUUAAUGAGAAUUUGUAUGCUCACAUAUGCAUAUUGUAUAUGUGUAGAAAUGUAAUCACACUUUGUCUUGGAUUUACAUUAAACUGUUAAGUCACGGCA